AUGACCGAAAAGAAUGCGCCGCCGGGCGCCUCCAACGUGAAGGCCAGGCCCGCUGAUGCAGGGAAGGAUACGAGCAUCAAGGACUCGCAAACAUCUGCGGCCAAGGCCGAAACCACCGGCUCGGGGAGUCAUUCCAGUCCUAAGAAGCGCCGGAAGCUUGUGUCUAUUGUCGCCGCUCGGUGUAUAAAGCGAAACAUCGGUCACCUGUGCCAUGAUGAGCCGAGGGAAACUGCCAAGCGCGGACGUGGCGAACCCGAACAUUCGGCUGCAGACGAGGAAGGCUCGUCGAACAAUGAACUGGGCACUGUACAAGGCAUGCCUAGGAGUAUCGACGUCGCCGAUGCUGCUGGUCAGCAACCAUUCCCGGAUACUACGAUCGGCAUCGCACCCUCGGCUGUGAACCCACCUUCAACGGUGCCACCUGGAAAUCUUUCCGUAUCUGGCCAGGGCCUUGAGGCAAACUCUCAGCUCAUGCAAUACAAUGACUGGGUAGGUGGUCAAAAUCAGUUCCAGGAUAUGCAUUCUCUCCAUCCCUCAUACAUGUUUAAUGCACAUGAAGUCACCAACGAGUACAAUUUGCUUGGAGAUUUUCUCAGUAACAGUCUCUUGGACGACGGGGCAAUGUUCCAAAAUCAAGAUAUGCAGGGCAUCUACACCGACUCAUCAUUGAUGAACUCGAUGGGCGGCAUAGGUUUACCGAAUGGCCUACCUCCCUCGACACAUCUCGCACCGCCAGCACAUAGCCACGGAUUACCAGGAGAAUCGAUUCAACGACCAACCUCAACAGUCGGCAAUGACAAAGCCCGGGAAACAUACUACAUGACUGCUGCCGAUCCGGCAGGGACUGAUCCACCGGAGGAGCGGAUGAACAAACUCCUCAAAGCAAAAUAUGAUGCCGGACUACUGAAACCAUUCAACUAUGUCAAGGGAUAUGCGCGAUUGAAUCAGUACAUGGAAAAGAACAUGCAACAAAUAUCUCGGCAAAAGAUUCUUCGGCAGCUCGACAAGUUCCGGCCCAAGUUCCGAGAACGCAUGCAGAGCUUGACUGAUAUCGAACUAAUUCUGGUUGAGAUGUGGUUCGAGCGAAGUCUCAUGGAGUAUGAUCGCGUCUUUGCCAGUAUGGCUAUUCCCGCCUGCUGUUGGCGUCGAACAGGCGAGAUCUUUCGAGGGAACAAUGAGAUGGCACAGUUGAUUGAUGUCCCAGUUGAGGGUCUACGAGAUGGCAAACUUGCUAUCCACGAGAUCAUUGUGGAAGAUCAGCUGGUGAGCUAUUGGGAGAAGUUCGGGGCUAUUGCUUUUGACAAUACUCAGAAAGCCAUGCUCACCAGCUGCACACUGAAGAGUCCUAACCCAAAUUCAACGAGUGGUGGGAUUACCUGCUGCUUUUCAUUCACGAUCAGACGAGACAGCCACAAUAUCCCAUCACUUAUCGUUGGGAACUUCCUCCCCAUCGAUAAAUAA